CCACGUUUUCUCUCGCAUCAAUAAAGCGGCACCCUUUCUGUUUCUCAAACCGGAAAACGGCACGCUUGUAAUCAGCCUCUAGCGUAAUUUCAAAGACAUCUUUACAUUAUAGUCCAACGACCUCACCGCUCUCUCACGCAGUUGUCUCAUUCUUCGUCCAAACUCCAAAGUCUUCAAUUUCUCUGUGAGCAAAAACAUUUGAAACCCUAGAAAUCACGCCAUUGAUCGCGUGUUCAAUCCCUGCUCCCAUGGCGUAUGUGGAUCACGCGUUCUCCAUUUCUGACGAAGACAUCAUGGUGGGGACGUCUUACACCGUCAACAAUCGACCGCCGAUCAAGGAGAUCUCCCUCGCCGUCGCGCUUCUCGUGUUCGGAACCCUAGGCAUCGUCUCCGGUGUUCUCAUGGCUUACAACAAAGUCGGUGGCGAUCGCGCCCACGGGCUUUUCUUCACGAUCCUUGGCUGCAUUUUGUUUAUACCAGGCUUCUACUACACCCGGAUAGCUUAUUUCGCGUACAAGGGAUAUAAAGGUUUCUCCUUUUCCAAUAUCCCUCCUGUAUAGCAAACAGAUAUAUGAACACGCACCUCCCCACCAUUACUGUACAAAGCCUUGACCUUGUUUAUUAUUAGUUCCUCAAUGGUUGCAGCGAAGCUUGUGUUGCUGUAUGGCUUGAUCCAUGUGUCAUGAAAUGUGGUGUAGACAGUUUUUUUUUUAAAUUCAAAUAAUGAAAGAUACGGUGAGACAAAUUAUACA